AAGUCAUGUCAUGACAUAAACUGAGUCCCAUAUCUUGUACAGAAAUGUUACACUGUCUCUAUACCAUAUACUACAGCUUAUCAUCAUCUGUCAGUUCAGGUUGGGUGUUACUUAUCUUAUCCCAUUCUGUACCUACAAUAUACAGAACACAUCAUUAUUACCCACCUCCCUUUCGUGAUAUGUGAGGAAGACUGAUAUCCCGCUCCUCCAGUGGUGUGAUGUAUAAAAGAAGCUGGAAACUCCUACAUAUUGGUUCCAUCUGAGAUCUCAAGUCUAGAAAAAAAGAAGUUGAAGUUGUGAGCUUUGAAAUCAAGAUGACCAAGCUCACUGUUCUAGCAGGUUUGUGCCUGCUGAUGUGCCAGCUGGCAACUGCCUCCCAGAUGGUGUGCUACUUCACCAACUGGUCCCAGUACAGACCUGGGACUGGGAAAUACAUGCCCCAAAAUGUGGAUCCCUUCCUGUGCACUCAUCUGAUUUAUGCUUUCUCCAUCAUUGACUACAAAAAUGAGUUGAUUACCUAUGAAUGGAAUGACGAGACCCUGUACAAGACUUUCAAUGGCCUGAAGAGCAAGAACCCCAGUCUGAAGACCUUACUGGCUGUCGGUGGAUGGAACUUCGGCUCAGCUCAGUUCUCCAUCAUGGUGUCCACUCCAGCCAACCGUCAAACGUUCAUCCAGUCUUCUAUCAAAUUCCUGAGGCUUCAUGGAUUUGAUGGUCUGGAUCUGGACUGGGAGUACCCUGGAUCUCGUGGAAGUCCCCCAGAGGACAAGAAGCGGUUCAGUCUGCUCUGCAAGGAACUUGUUGAGGCCUACGCAGCUGAAGCCAAGGCCACCGGCAAGCCUCAGCUCAUGCUGACUGCUGCAGUGUCUGCUGGGAAGGGAACUAUUGAUGCCGGAUAUGAGAUUGCUGAGAUUGCCAAGCAUCUGGACUUCAUCAAUGUGAUGACCUACGACUUCCAUGGAGCUUGGGAGCAAUUCACUGGACACAACAGCCCACUGUACCGCGGCUCACAUGACAGCGGUGACCUCAUUUACUUCAACACUGACUUUGCCAUGAAAUACUGGAGAGACAACGGCACCCCAGUGGAGAAGCUGAGGAUGGGAUUCGCUGCUUAUGGUCGUACCUUCCGUCUGACAUCAUCAAACACUGGCAUUGGAAGCCCAGCUAGUGGUGCUGCAUCAGCUGGUCCAUACACACGUGAAGCUGGAUUCUGGUCCUACUAUGAGGUCUGCACCUUCCUGAAGGGCACCACCAUUCAGUGGAUUGAUGAUCAGAAAGUUCCCUAUGCUAGCAAGAACAAUGAGUGGGUGGGAUUCGACAGCAGGGAGAGCUAUGAGAUCAAGGUCCAGUACAUGAAGGACAUGAAGUAUGGCGGUGCCUUUGUGUGGGCCUUGGAUCUGGAUGACUUUAAAGGAGAGUUCUGUGGAGAGGGAAGCCAUCCUCUGCUGUCCCAUCUGCGCAAACUCAUCGAUGUUGAGAUGCCUCCACUUCCAUUGACCACAACCAAGAAACCCGGUGUUACUACCACAGCACCAGCCACUACCACAACCCCCAAACCCAGCGGUACCACCAAUGCUCCGUCCACCAAGACCACCAUCCCUAUCCCAGCGCACGACUUCUGCAAAGACAAGCCCGACGGCAUGUAUGCCAUCCCGGAUGACAAGACCAGCUUCUACGUGUGUGCAGGCGGACGAACCUAUGUGAGCAAGUGUGGAGUCGGCACUGUCUUCGAAGACAGCUGCAAGUGCUGUGUGUGGCCCUAAGUGUUAACUAGUGGAGGACUGUCACUGACUGACAUCUCAGUACUGACUCUACAAGCUGAAUGCCUCAGGGAAAAUAUCUAUUUUUGUGCCGACUAUAAAAAUCUGUAACAUUGUGAUGUUCAGAAAACAGCUGGUAAAUUAGAAGUGAAAAGUGAUAUUUGAAAUGUGUAUGUUCAAUCAGAAUAAAGGUAUUAUGACAAAUCAAA